AUGGCAACCGUUAGCAACGUUCAUGGACGUCAAAUCUUUGAUUCACGUGGCAACCCCACUGUGGAGGUCGAAGUAACAACUGCCAAAGGCGUUUUUCGUGCAGCUGUGCCUUCUGGUGCAUCUACAGGAGUCCACGAAGCGCUUGAACUUCGUGAUGGUAUCAAAGCCGAUUAUAUGGGCAAGGGUGUCUUGAAAGCUGUGGAGAACGUCAACAAGAUCAUUGGGCCCGCAUUGAUUGAAUCCAAACUUUCGGUGGUUGAUCAAAAGGCGGUGGAUGAAAUGAUGAUCAAACUUGAUGGCACCAAAAAUAAAAGCAAGCUAGGUGCAAAUGCCAUUUUGGGCGUGUCACUUGCGGUUGCCAAAGCAGGUGCAGGUGAAAAGAAUGUCCCAUUGUAUGUACAUUUGGCUGAUCUUGCAGGAUCCAAAAAGCCAUUUGUGAUGCCUGUACCCGCUUUUAAUGUGAUCAAUGGUGGAGAACAUGCAGGCAAUAAGCUGGCAAUGCAAGAAUUUAUGAUCAUGCCCACGGGUGCAAAGUCGUUUACGGAAGCGAUGAAAAUGGGGACCGAAACCUAUCACCAUCUCAAGAACGUGAUAAAGAGUCAAUAUGGCCAAGAUGCUACCAAUGUUGGUGAUGAAGGCGGGUUUGCUCCUAAUAUCCAAGAUGCCAAAGAGGGCCUUGAUUUGCUGGUUACUGCUAUUGACAAGGCUGGUUACACAGGCAAGAUCAAGAUCGGCAUGGAUGCGGCUGCAUCCGAAUUCUUCAAAGAUGGCAAAUACGACUUGGAUUUCAAGAACCCCAAAUCGGAUCCAUCAUCACAUCUCACCGGUAAACAGCUAGGUGAUCUAUACAAGUCAUACGCCGAAAAGUACCCCAUCGUUUUGUUUGAAGACCCUUUUGAUCAAGAUGAUUGGGACAAUUGGACUCAAUUCGAAUCGACAUGUAAACAAGAACUGGUUGGUGAUGAUUUAUUAGUCACCAAUCCCGAACGUAUUGCCACUGCUAUUGAAAAGAAGGCAUGUAAUGCCUUGCUCCUCAAGGUGAAUCAAAUUGGUUCGCUCACUGAAAGCAUUCAAGCUGCCAAGGAUGCCCAAAAUGCAGGAUGGGGUGUCAUGGUUUCUCAUCGCUCGGGUGAAACAGAAGAUACUACCAUUGGUGAUCUCGUUGUUGGUCUACGCACAGGGCAUAUUAAGACAGGUGCUCCUUGUCGCUCAGAGCGUCUCGCUAAAUACAAUCAAAUGUUACGCAUUGAAGAACAGCUUGGUGGUAGCUCUUUAUAUGCAGGCGAAAACUUUCACAAAGCUCAUGAUAUGUAA